AUGCAAGGUCGUAUCCUUCUCGUUUUUUUAUUAUCUACAACUUUUACGGAAGGCUUCUUGUUUAGUUCAUCACCAAAAUGCCAAAUAAAAAAAUAUAAAUCGAAUACGUACAUAACAGGCGAUCCUUUAUUAAUUCAUGAAGAUUUUCAUGAACGUGUUAAACCGUUAGAAAAUCUUGCAAAAACUUGUCAAGUACGUUUAUAUAUUAGAGGAUCUUAUUAUCAAUUACCAAAUCCAGCCGAUCAAGUUUUAGCUUCUGAUGCUGAUCUAGUCAUUGGUCAUGGUUUUCAAUUUGAAAUUCGAGAUGAAAAUAACGCAAUUUUAUGUAAUAAAAUGUGUCUUUCGAAAAAUCCAACUGAUAUUCCGGCAGUAAACUGUUUCUUGCAAGGUGUAAUUAAUCAUGGUUUAACAUGGUCAAAAUAUAAUACAGAUACUAUUAGUGAUGGAACAUAUGCAGCAAAUACAGUUGGAUAUCAUACAUUAAAAACAGAUGUUCAAACUAGAUGUAAAGAUGAAAAAUUAAAACGACAACUCUUACGAGCACUUCGAAAGAUGUAUAUUGAAGAAAAUGAAGAGAAGAAAUAA